ACUCAUUUUUAACACAACCUCAAACUCUCAAACCUAAGCUACUCAAUUUAUUCUCUCAACCCCUUCUUCGAUAUACUUCUUCUUUUCUUCUUCAUUUAACUAAUCACUUCUUAGUUUCAUUUGGUGAAAAAGAUAAUCAAGUUGUGAUCAUGGAGGGGAAAGAAGAAGAUGUUAGACUUGGAGCUAAUAGGUACAGAGAGGGACAGCCUAUAGGAACGGCUGCUCAGAGUCAAGACUCCAAGGACUACUCGGAGCCACCGCCUGCGCCGCUCUUCGAGCCCGGUGAGCUGUCCUCGUGGUCGUUUUACCGUGCAGGCAUAGCCGAGUUCGUGGCCACAUUCUUGUUCCUUUAUAUCACUGUUCUGACUGUUAUGGGCGUAGUCAAAGCGCCAACCAAAUGCACCACUGUGGGAAUCCAGGGAAUUGCCUGGGCCUUUGGUGGAAUGAUCUUUGCUCUUGUUUAUUGCACUGCUGGUAUUUCAGGGGGUCACAUUAACCCGGCGGUGACAUUCGGGCUGUUCUUGGCAAGGAAGUGUUCGUUGACGAGAGCGGUGUUUUACAUGAUAAUGCAGUGUUUGGGAGCCAUAUGCGGAGCCGCUGUGGUGAGGGGCUUCGAGAAGAAUCAGUACGUGCCGCUCGGUGGUGGCGCCAACACCGUCGCAGCCGGAUACACCAAAGGUGACGGCCUUGGUGCUGAGAUUGUUGGUACCUUUGUGCUUGUCUACACUGUCUUCUCAGCUACUGAUGCCAAGCGCAACGCCCGUGACUCCCAUGUUCCUAUACUGGCACCACUACCAAUUGGGUUUGCAGUGUUCCUAGUUCACUUGGCCACCAUCCCUAUCACAGGGACAGGUAUCAACCCAGCUAGAAGUCUUGGGGCUGCCCUUAUCUACAACAAAGAACAUGCUUGGGAUGACCAUUGGAUAUUUUGGGUAGGUCCUUUCAUUGGAGCAGCACUCGCAGCUUUGUACCAUCAAAUAGUGAUCAGAGCCCUUCCCUUCAAGUAGUGAAAUAUCCACCCAAAGUGGCUUUGCAAAAUGAUUGGGGGUCCAAAUUAUAUAUAAGUUAUUUACCCACAAAAUGUAUGCUUUUCUUUUUUAAUUUCUAUUCUCUUUCUUUUGUUUUGAGUACUUCCAUGUUGUUUUAUCCAAAUAACACUUUCUUUGUUAUGGUGUACCAAACAUGGUCUUGUGUGUAAUUAUAUAUAAUGAGGAAGCAAAUGAUCAGAAUGGUGCGGUGUUUCUUUAUUACUCAACACACACCUCUUUUUUCCACUA